CUGAUUCACUGAUCCUGACCCAAUUCCUCCGCCGAUGGCUUCCGCCGCCGACGACGACCUGCACCGCCAGCGCACCGGCUUCGAAUCCGGCGCCUCCGAUGACACCGACUCAGACGAUGACAGUUCCUUCGCUCCCGGCGGUGCCGAUGCCGUUGAACCACCCCCAAACCCUAAUCCUAGCGUUGCCUUCACCGCUGCUGAUCCCCAGAACGGUGACGUAGAUACCUCCUCUCCAGAGCUCAAGCGCCGCCACAUCUCUGAACUCGGAGAGAUCCGCUCUACGUCGGUGGCGCCGGCAGGCCCUGAUGAUCCGCGGAGGCUAUUUCAGCGUCUUUUCAGCGAUGAGGACGAGAUUGCAAUCUUGAAGGGGUUUCUGGAGUUCGUCACCCAACGAGGCACUACCCACGCUUCGUACCAGUACGAUACGGGACCGUUCUACGACCAGAUAAAGGCGAAGCUGCAACUGGAGUUCUCCAAGAACCAGCUCGUCGAGAAGCUGCGGCGGCUCAAGAAGAAGUACCGCACCGCCGUGGCGCGGAUCGGGUCUGGCCGCGGCGGAUCCCCCUUUAAGAGCCCCCAUGAUCGCGCCGCCUUUGAGUUAUCCCGCCAGAUCUGGAGCCCUACCUUCAAGCGCCCCCGCGACCAGCGCGCCGAGGCCGAGAAUAGCAACGGUGAUCCAAACACGCCUAACCCUAACCCCGUUGAUCCGAUCGACUCCGCGGCUGGUUUCGAAGCUCCCGAUCAGAGUGCGUUACAAUCAAGAAAACGCCAAAGGGAGAGAUCGGGCCCUGUGGAGGUCGCCGUCGAGGGUUUGGCGACGCCGGCGAUGUCGAACAACCAAAUGAUCGAGGAGACGAUGAGGAGCUGUCUCAGUCCGUUGUUAAAAGAGCUGCUCAAUACGGCGAUUUUGGGGCCGAGAAUCUCCGGCGGCAGUGGGUCUCUGGCGGCGUGGUUGAAUCCCUUACCUUUUAGUUUGGUGUCCGGCGGAGGGGCGGCAGGGAUGGAUGAGAAGCUAAGAAAACAGCAGAUCAUGGAGCUGGAGGUUUUGGCGAAGCGGAUGGAGCUGGUGAAGGAGCAGAUCGAAUUGAAGCUGGUGGAGCUCAAAUCCAACAAGAGAGGAUGAUGAUGAUGAUGAUGAUGAUGAUGAUGCUCAGGUUUGGCGGCGUGUUUCCCUCCACGACCAUUAAUGGCCUCCAUUAAAUCAAAGAAAAUAGAAAUGAAAACUUUUUAUUUAUUAUUAAAAAAAAAAAAAAACAAAAAAAAUCUUUAUCGUUUGUGAUUAUUAUUGGUGAUAGUGUUUAUGAUUGAGAGCUUCUCUUGGGUUAGAAUUUUGAAUUUGAAUUAGAGUGGGAUUAUUAUAGUUAGAAUCAGAAAAAAAAAA